UGUCUAGGUAACUAUCUUCAUACUCUCCAGAGCUUUGCCACUUUAAGAAAAUCCAUACUCCCAAAUUCAACAUGUCCUUCACAGUGCGGUCCUCAGUCGUCCCCCGCUCAUUCUCCAGUACCAGCAUCUCCUCCGGGAUUCCAAUCCAUAGUGCCCUUCGCUCCAGCGCCGCCAGCAUGUUCACUGGGGCCGAUGGAAGGGGUUCCCGGAUCUCUGUGCCCAUUAUCAGGGCAGUUAGCAACAACUUGAGCAGCAGUCUGGAUCUCAACGCUGGGAGCUCUGCUCUUCUCCACAAUAAUGAAAAGGAAACCAUGCAGGGUCUCAAUGGGCGCCUGGCCGGCUACCUUUCCAAGGUGCGAGGACUGGAGGAAGCCAACAGCAGACUGGAGGACCAAAUCAAGGAGGUCAUGUCGAGGACAACACCCACCGAAAGGGACUGGAGCGCCUACGAGAAACCGCUGACAGACCUCAGGAAACAGGUCAGCGACAUGGCUCUGGACAAUGCCAGGCUGGUCCUGCAGAUUGACAAUGCCAGGCUAGCAGCUGAUGACUUCAAAGUCAAGUGGGAAGCGGAACUGGCCAUGAGGCAGGGGGUGGAGCAGGACAUCGGUGGACUGCGCAAGAUCAUUGAUGACACAAGCAUCGGCCGCAUGCAGCUGGAGAACCAGAUUGAGUCCCUGAAUGAGGAACUGGCCUUCCUCAAGAGGAACCAUGAGGAGGAAGUGGCCAGCAUCCGAGCCCAGAUCUCGGACUCCAGUGUCUCUGUGGAGGUGGACGCCCCCAAGGGUGUGGACCUCGGUGAGAUGAUUGCACAGAUCCGAAGCCAGUAUGAGACGGCUGCGCAGAAGAGCCGCGAGGACACUGAGGUCUGGUACAAGAACAAGUUUGAGGAGCUGUCCAUGGAGGUCACCCAGAACACAGAGGCUCUGCAGUCAGCCAAGAGUGAACUGAAUGACCUACACCGGCAGAAAAAGGGGCUGGAGAUCGAACUGCAGACACUGCAUAACACGAACUGUUCGCUGGAGGACACACUGCACGACAUAGAGAACCGCUACAACAUGGAAGUGGGCAAGCUGAACCAGGCUAUCAGGCAGCUGGAGGAUGAGCUUGGGCAGGUGCGCACCACCACGGAACGCCAAGCCAACGAGUACACCAUCCUGCUCAACAUGAAAAUGAAACUGGAGGCUGAGAUUGCUACCUACCGGCGCCUCCUGGAGGGCGAGGAAGAGAGAGCUGAGCCACUGCAGCCAGUGAAUGCGGAGCCUCAACAGCAGAGUAUUAGGAGGGUGGUGGUGAUAAACCAGGAGCUUGUGGACGGGAAGGUCGUGUCUCAGAAAGAGGAAGCGAUCGAGCAAUAAACUAACACAAGCCCUGCUCCUUCUAUUAUUAACCUCACAUGGAUUUAGGGGGUUUUAAUAAAUGCUUUGUACUGCCUCUGCUCAAGGCUGAUCUUAUGCCGAAACAGUAGCGUUUGCCUUUUUUAAAUAACAUAAGUUUUAUAUGGUCAAGUUUCAGGUGUUUUCAUUCAUUUGUUCCUUGUUCUUAGCAAUAAAGAUGGGGUUCAAUUGAUACAUUUCUGUCUUUCUUUCAUUAUUCUCUAAAUAGUGCACAGCUCAUGCUGCAUUUUAAAACCACAGCAUCUCAAAAAUAAAAUUCCUCUGGGUGUGUUUACAUUUACUACACUGUUUACUGCUUUGUGUGCAGUCCUGUUUGUCUACAUUCCCCCAAGGUAGUUUUGACUUUAGAGACAUAAGCUUACUCCCCCUUGAUACUUGCUUACCACUGUGGCAUCUUAUACUGUAAGCCACACAGACCUGCUCCUGUGAUUACUUGCAGCAAUAGUAGGUUAUGAAUUACAUAUUCAAGCACAAAAGGCAAAACUAACUAGAAUGCAGUGUUUUUCAGGAAAAAAGUCAAGCAUUCCUGAAGUGAAAAUGUAAGAGGAAUGAUCUCUCUGACAAAGUGGUUUAUACAUCUCAAAGUGUGUGGUCUGUAUCAUUGGUGGAGUUUCCAUGGCGUGUUUUUUUUUUUUAGCUUGAGACAUCUGCUUGAGAAAAAUGUCUUGUGUAAAAUGCUUUUUUGGGUUUCCAUUCGCUCAGUUUAUUUUACUUGAGUAAACCGGGCUUUUCACCCGACGUCAUGCAAAUUAAUGGGAAAGGUGGGAGUUGUUAUGUAAAUUGGCUUUGUGUAAAGUACAAAGUACUCAUGCUGUUUUUGAAGAUUACUAGUGACAUUUUGUGAAAAUGUGGUUUCCAUGCACAGAGAACUGGUACACAAGUGAAUCUAAGGCUGCAAUAAAGCAAAAUACCUUGUGCCUGGUUGGUUAAUAAUGUGUUUUACUGCUCUUGCCCAAAUUGUUUUUCAAAUGUCAUUAGUGGGGUGUCAUGUUGUUAGUAGUGAAUACUGUUUCAACUCAUUUAUCUUACGACUCAUUAAUUAAAAAUGAACUCGAAGGUAUAAAAUGAAACUGACCAAUAGGUAUUGCAGAUCAACAUGGCUGAAAACCGGCAGAGACUUUAUAUAUAUUACUCUUUCAUUCAGGCAAUACAGCAUAUAGGGGAUCAGGUGAUGCUGCGUAUACUACCCUGGCUUAGAAACCCUAUCCAUCUGGACGGCUGUCAGCUGCUGAGGAAGCAUUCAACACCACGCUUGGGCAAAUACGGGUAGUGGGGAGUUGAAAGGGAGGUGGCAGAUACUGAUGAAACGGACUGAAGUGCAGCAUUAGUUUGUUCCCAAAAUUGCCACUGCCUGCUGUAUCCUGUACAAACUCUUGUUAACAACAAAAUGAGGUAUUCAGGAAUCAGUGGCUGCCUGAGACAGGUGGGGAAGGUUACCAGUGUUGCCAAGUCUCAUGAGAGAAAAAAAAAAACACGGCACUGCCUUUCAAAACAAGCCCAAGCCAUGUUAGAGUGGGUGUUUAUGCAAAUUCCAACCCGCGACUCUCAAAAAACAAGUCUAAUUCCGCUUGUUAUAAGCGGACUUGGCAACUGUGAAGGUUACCUCAGCCGCCAAUUUCAAUUGGACAGCAGCGAUCUGAGGAGGCUUGUGCUGUCAGAGAUGCUCUCCUUUCUUUUAAGUUGUGCUGGAUUUACUGUUGUGCUAAAUAUUAAUGAUGCAAAUA